AUGAGCCUGGCAGAGGCGCUCAUGCGCGGCAAGGAGCGCACUGCCGGCCCGGGCGCGGCCGCGUUCGGGGCGGCGGCAGCGGCGGCGACGCCUGAGCAGCAGCGGCGGCAGGAAAUCCUUGAUGCGCUGGCGGCGCUGAAGAAGAAGGGGAAGGACAAGAAACGGAAAAAGGAGAGAAGCAAAAAGGACCGCAAGGAGAAGGGCAGCAGCAAGGACAAGAAGCGGCGGCGCGAGGGGAAGGAGAAGGGCAGCGGCCGGCGCAAGGAGGGGCGACGACGCAGCAGCAACGGCAAAAAGCGGCGGCGUAGCGGCAGCGGCGGCUCGCUCAGCGAUUCGGGCUCCGAGGGCUCUAGCGGCACCAGCAGCGGUGACGCCUGA